AAUGAAUGUUAUGUAGCCUGCACUUAUGCUAAAAUAGGACAGUAUUAGCAAAAAAAAUUACAUAAAAAUCUAGACCUAAAUAUAAAUGUAACGGUGCUAGCCUGUAUUCAUUAUAAAAGUAGCCUACUACUAAGAAACGUGUUGCCGUGCCUCGUGCCGUGCAGUUCGGUGCCGCAUAUCCCCAUUGCAUCCGUGACCGCAUUUUUCUCGGGCUUGCAUAACGUAUCGCGUGACUUACUAGGUUAGUAACGUGCGGGAACGUGCAGCCGAGAGGAGGCGGUGUUGAUGAUGGUAGGAGGAGAAUCUGCGUCCGUCGUCUUCCGCGUUUUCCCGGAUUUCAACCACUGUCCUAAUUCCGUCGCGUGCCUCUCCUUGCACGUUAUCACGUUCAGCCCACCCUCCCCGUUGUACAGAAAAAAAAUUAUACAGUCAUUGCCGCCCCCCUUCGCCUUCACCUCCCCUCAGUUCCCCCCUUUGUAAAUAUCUACUACCGCCUUCCUUCUCCACAUGCAGCAUCGGAGUCCUGGGCCCCGGCGUACCGGCUCCAGCCAUGUCGGCGAGGAAUGCAGCGGCUGGCGGCGGUGACGGAACGACGGGGGACAAGACGGGAGAUGCUUUAGAGGAAGGGCCCCAGGGUCUCUCUGUCUCUCUGUCUGGUUUGAUGACCCCCACCUCAGCCGCUGGCAUGGCCUCAGGCAUGGAGCUGCCCAGGAAGAGGAAGGGCAGCAUGGACAACCCGGAGACAAAAUCUGCAUUGAAUCUAGAUGAGGAUAUGGAGGACGAGCAGGGCAGAUCAGAAGAUGACCAGCACCUAAAAAUUAAAUGUAUCAGGGAACCUCAUAGUCAAAUUGAAAAACGGCGACGAGAUAAGAUGAACAACCUGAUUGACGAGUUGGCAGCGAUGAUUCCCACGUGUAACCCCAUGUCCCGCAAGCUCGACAAACUCACUGUGUUACGAAUGGCUGUUCAACACCUUAAAUCUCUUAAAGGGGCGACCAGCUCCUUUGCAGAAGCAAAUUACAAACCUGCAUUCCUACCAGAUGAUGAGCUUAAACACCUUGUUCUAAAGGCUGCAGACGGAUUUCUCUUUGUCGUUGGCUGUGACCGUGGAAAAAUAGUAUUCGUCUCGGAGUCGGUUUCUAAAAUCCUCAACUACAGUCGGACGGAGUUGAUCGGACAGAGCCUGUUUGAUUACGUUCACCCCAAGGAUAUUGGUAAAGUGAAGGAACAGCUGUCUGCAUCUGAGCUCUACCCACGGGAACGCCUCAUUGAUGCCAAAACGGGGUUGCAGGUCCAAGCUGAGCUUCCUGUCGGAGUUGCUCGGCUCUGCUCCGGGGCCCGGCGCUCCUUCUUUUGUCGUAUGAAGUACAACAAAGUUACCGUCAAGGAAGAGAAGGGCUUUCAGGCCGCUGCCUCAAAAAAGAAAGAGUCGCAGCGGUACUGCACUGUUCACUGCACGGGUUACAUGCGUACCUGGCCCACGAGGCAGCUGGGCACAGAGGGAGAGGGAGAGGCAGACAAAGACAGCUCCCAUUUUAGCUGCUUGGUAGCGGUCGGUCGCGUGCAUCCCCACACCCUUCCCCAAGCCAAUGGUGAGAUCAAAGUCAAGCCAACCGAAUUUGUCACCCGCUAUGCCAUGGAUGGCAAAUUCACCUUUGUGGAUCAACGAGCCACCACCAUUCUGGGUUACCUGCCCCAGGAGCUGCUAGGCACAUCAUGCUAUGAAUACUUCCAUCAGGACGACCUGCCACAUUUGGCAGAUAGACAUAGAAAAGAAAGUCAUAUGGGUUUGGAACGACUCGAGGUGCUGAGGAGUAAAGAGAAGAUCGAGACAAAUUGCUAUAAGUUCAAAACGAAAUAUGGCUCUUUUGUCACCUUACAAAGUCAGUGGUUUAGUUUUAUAAAUCCCUGGACCAAAGAAGUAGAAUACAUAGUGUCAACCAAUACGGUUAUAUUCGGUAAAAGUAAUCCAGAUGGAUCAGGGGAUAAAGCGGAGCAACCUAGCAGUUCUAAGGCCUCAGAAGAUGAUGCCAAGAAGUCCCAGCAAGUUCCAAUUAUCCCGGGCAUCUCUAGUGCAUCAGGCACCAUGAUUUACGCUGGCAGCAUAGGGACCCAAAUCGCUAAUGAGAUAAUGGACUACAAUAGGAUGAACUCCUCACCAUCCAGUGGCAACACAAGUCCAUUCAGUUUACCACAGGACAAGUCUCCACUGGCACAGACCAGCAGCAAUGUGCCAAAUGGUGAAGCAACAGACAUGGAGAUACCUGGAAAGUCGGGCUCAGAAGAGGAAGCUCGGGGUGGGGCCUUUACAGCAGGCGAACAUCUGAUGGAAGCAAGUUCUCAAUUGGAUCUGGAGGGCGUUCCAGGGUUGAGCGCUCUGAGCACUGAUGAGGCAGCCAUGGCAGUCAUUAUGAGCUUGCUAGAGACUGAUGCCAACCUCGGUGAGGCUGUGGACUUUGAUGAGAUGCACUGGUCUCUCUGAUCACACGGCUCCAAAUCUCCUUUUUAAUUUUUUUUUAAAGAUUCAUCUUCAUCUGGAGAUUAAAAAAAACAUCCGUUACCUUUCACUGGGCAGCAAGCCUUUGACAGUUCUAUGUUUUUAAUUUAUUAGGAUUUUUUAAUAAGUUGGAUAAGCUGCAUGGCGGAUCAUUUAGUGGCUAACCUUUGGAGAUCAAAAGGUAAAGGAGAUCAGGAGACAUGAACAGAAAUUUACCUUAAGCUGAAUACCUUAAGCAACAUGACCAUUUUUUUGGUCUGAUGUGCAAGUUUUUUCAUCUAAGCUCUGGGGUCACUGCCCCUAGGUGCGGAUCGGACGGAGCGAGAUUCUUGGUUCGUUUUGAUAAACGCUUGCCUUUGCCAAGCCAUAAGGCAAGAACCAUCCAGUCAAUCAACACUUGAACUAUGUAUGGAUGCUUUGCCGCAAAGCUGGACUGAAUUUUUUAUUAAAUAACUUAAUGGGAUUUCUUUGAAAGGAGAAUCCUGGUUUUAAAGCAUAAUGCAUUUUGAAUUCAAUGUGUAAAAAUUAAAAAUGUGGGGUUUGGGGGCGUGGUAAAUAUUUUUGAGCGCUUGUCAAAAAGAAGUACUUGAAAGACUGUGGAAACUUUGGAAAAUUAAGGAUCACCGUUAGGCCUGACAGUUUUUUUCUCUCUGGUCUACAAUCUGUGUGUGAAUCUGUGCUUUUCCCUUAGAUUGCCCUGCUGCUUUUAAAUGGUGUGAUAAAGUCGUGUCAAUCUGCUGUUCGAAGGAAUGUUUGGAAGAGAAGGUCAUAGAAAGUAUCUAUGAAUAAGGGCAGGGUAUCUCAGGGAACUAUACUUUGUGGAAUUAAAACCCUUCUUGAAAUCAAUUAUUAGAUAUUAAGCCAAGAACCAAUUUUUUUUAACACUUAAGCUAGGAGUAUAGUCCCGUUUUUACGCAUAUGCAAGGGUCUGCGUACAGUACUGCACAUACUUUAAGCAUAGGUCGUGCAUGCAUAAAAAGAAGAAUGUAGUAUGUAGACAGAAAUACAUUGGACGUUUUUGCAAUGCACAUUGUCUCUGUACACGUACAUCAAAUAAGCUAUACUUUGCAAGGCUGUGCGUGCACACGUAAAAAAGCAGACUAUACUCCAGGCUUUAUAGCUCUGAUAGAGUUAAGGUGGUGUUUAUGACUUGAUCAGGGGUAAAUUCAUUUAUCGGUUUGUGUUUAGUGAGAGUUGUCCAUAUUUUGAAAUUAUGUCUCGUAUUCCUAUUUUAUAUUUGGGAAUUACUAAUUUUGGGAAUGGCUCAACUGACCUUUAAAAUACUAACGUGAGCACCUUUGUUUAAAUAUGAGUGAUAGGGAAGCAAAAAAAUUGGUGGUGUUUUUUUUUUUAGAGGUAAUCUUAGUAUUUUGUUUUGUUUGUUUGCUUGUUUGUUUGUUGAACAAGGCUCAUUUUUACACAACAACAGCAACUUGUAUGCUAUAUUACAAAUCUUGAAAAUCCCUCCCCUGUUGCUCUCAAAAUCCAUUCGGACAUUUGUAUUAACUUUGUGCUUGCUACCAUUUUGGUGUCCUCUUUGGAGUUUCAUAGCUUCGGGUUCAUCUAUGCUUUUUGCUGUAGUGAAAAUUAACUUUAUAUCCAACAUUUAGGUUCUACAAAAGAAAGAAUUUUCAUUUUUGUAUUGAUCACAGUCUUUUCAGAAUGUUUUAAUUUUUUUACUUUUCGGUAUUUAUUUCGGUUUUCAUAACAGGCAUGCAUCUUAUAUAAAGAUGCCAUUCGAUUUUUAAGCAAAAAUAUAUAUUUUUAGGAUUUUCCUUAAUGUCAUUCAUACUCUCAGUUUUCCUAGUUUUAUCAAAUAAUGAUUCUGGAGUCUGGCAACAAAUCGAUUCUUAAAGCAACACUAUGUAGUUUCCAUGUAAAAAUGACUUACAGCUCCCCCAUGUGGUUGAAAAGUGUAACAGUGCCUGGUAUCAGAUACUCUUCUGCAGGCAGGGGGAGGGGCGGGGCUGUGUGCUCUACCCUCCACCGCCACUUUCAGAGUGUGCUUGUAGCAGCUAGGAGGAUGCUCAGGUUGCAGCAACAGCACAAUUUGUCCAGUUAAAAGUUGUUCUAUCACUGAAAUAAUUUUAGAGACAUUACUUAUAGGUAAAAAAACUAAAUAGUGUUGCUUUAAACAAUCUCAUCUGAUUUUCUUCCAACAUUUGGCUUUGAUUGUUUCUAAUGGCAUUUGGUUUAAAGCAGUGGUUCUUAAACAUUUUGGGGAAUGCCCCCCUUGUUCAGGGUGCAUCCCGCCCCCUCCAAAGAAAAUUCAUGAUAUUUAACAAUUUCAAACUUAGAAUUUGAAUUCAAAUAAAACUUAAAUUAUACAUUGUAGUGCUGUUGGUAAGUAGCCUUAUUUUUAUGAGGUUUAAUUGCCUAUAAUUUAUUUAUACAAAUUUCAUAAAACCGGGGGGCCUCUGGUACCAUCUUACCCCACCCAAUUUGAGAACCACUGAACUGAUUUACUGUAAUUGUGCAAAUGUGUCAUUGCAAUGGCAUUGUGCAAUGAAAGGUAUAAUUCUUACCAGUAUACCAACGCAAUUUCACAACAGAGAUAUUUCAGAUACCCUUAACAGCGGUCCUGUGCUGUGUAAUUAUGUGGCAAUGAUGUGAGUGGCUUUUUCAAAAGGUCUUCAUAUCGUCUUGUCUGUUGUCACCAGCUUCCAUAAGCUCAUUUGAAGAAAGAAACCGCUCUAAUAUAAAACAGCAAAAGGACAUAAUGUGCAUAAUGGAUUUUUUUUUAAAUAAGUCUUGGCAUAAUCGUUAACCCACACUAAAAACCGCCACAUUAUCUGCAUAUAUAGGGGAUUUCCUUUCACCUUACUUAAAUAUCACAGGCUCACCUGUGAGGGCUGAUCACGCAGAUUUACUAGCCAAGAUGGCCAGUGACAGUUUGAUUGGACAGUUCAAAGCACAGGAACAGCUGUUUCAUUCAUACAAGUUGUUUUGGAUGUGAACGUCUGCCACAUCCAUAACUGCCCUAUAAACACACAAAAGAGAGCAGUUGCAGUUUUGCCGGAUAAAGAGCACAAUUGCAUUUAUAUUUUUCAACCAAUUUUAACUCUUUCCCCACCAUUGACGAGUUAUCUCGUAAAUUAAGAGAAAACAUUUGCAUAAAAAACGUGUUUCUGAAGAAAUGUUAUGUUAAUCUGCAAUUAUCCACCGCGAUUAUCCACUAGAUGGCGCACUUACCCAAUUUAUGAAAAAACUGAAGCCAAAAUGUUAUUUACUAAUGUUAAACUCUGUGUAUGUUUUGAUUAUCGUUCUGAAUGUGAUCUCUAACAAAAUUCCUUCACAAAAAUGCAAUUAUUUUAGCUUUUUUUUUUUUUAAAAAAAAGUAAUAUUUAAGAGUUUAUAAGCAGAGAUAAAAUAUAGAUAGGAUAAAACAUUGUUUUCCCGUUUUGUUUGUUUGUUUGUUUAUUGUUUGUUUGAAAUCAGAGGGUUUGUUUGAAAGCAGAGGUUGAAACUUUUGUGAAAAUCACAAAAAAUGCUGGCGGGCAACUUUUAAAAAAAAUGGCUGGCGGGGAAUGCGUUAAUGAUUUACCAUAUACAUGAAAAACAUGUAGCCUCAGUUAUUUGUCAUAAGGAAUUGUGAACACUCUUCUUGUCAUUUAUUUAGCUUAAUAUCCAUUUUUUUGGUUUUAUAUCCAAAUAAAUCACAGAUGCACAAUUUACUUGUAUAUUUAUUAGGCAGUCUUCCCCUCUUCAAUAUGGCAGGACCUGGGAUUUGGCGACUAGUAUGGUGUCUAUGUAUGUCUAUGGCUCCAUCCAACUCUACAAGCUUUGAGCUGUGCCAUAACUGCAAUCUGGUCUCAUUUUUUUAAUUAUUAUUAUUGAAAUCUGCAUUUCAUGCAACUAUUUCCCUGCAUAGUGUCAUUGGUUUUGAAUGUGACUGUUCUGUUUGGAGUGUCAUUCAUUAUUUGCACUUGGCAGACAUCAAGUACUGUACUGUAGGUUAAAACCACAGAUCCUUGUCUUCUACCGCUUUUGUCCUCAUUUCAGAUGUUUCAAUUUUGUAGCCAUAACAAAAUAUGUCUUGAUUUUAUAUUGUUUGAAUAAUAUUCAUGCAUGCCUUUUUGUGUACCCUUUGCUUUUCUUUUCAUUGUACUGUUGGUUACCUAAUGGUAUGAAAUGGUUUUUGCCUUAUAAGACAGAGAAAGACUUAUUCGUUUGUUCUGUUGUACUUUUGUUUCUGUCGGUCUUGAACGUGUGGUCAGAGUUGAAUUAAUUCUCUGAAGACUGUUCAUCUAUUGGAUCUUACUGGUUUAUCACGUCCAUGAAUAUCUUGUUUGGGGAGCAGCCAUUGGGUCAAGCCACCGAUCUGUAUGCAUGCCUUUGAACAAGGCUGUUAUGGAACGGGGUCUGGUCAAAGCAGGCUCCUUUGUUUUCUGCUUGUUUAUCCCAUGUUUG